UACACCACCACCACCACACCACCACGCCACCACGCCACUACAGAUUGUAACAAGAGGUGGAGAAGAUGCCUGCGCUCAAGGCUGUCGCUGCCUCUGGCGUCAAGAGGAAGAGGGACCCCGCCAAAGCCGAGCGCCGCGAAGCCAAGUCGAAGAAGCGCCAGAAGUCGCCCAGCAGCGAACAUGGCGACGACGUCCAGGCGGAAAUUCUACAGCUCGAAGCGCAGAUCCUCGAGUCGCGACGACACUACAACAACAUCGCGACCCUCUUGCAGCUCUCGAAGAAGUCGGAAGAUGACGCGCCCGUCCUCGCUGCUGUCGCCCUCUGCCGAGUCUUCUCGCGCCUACUUGCGGCCGGCGACAUGGUCAGGAGCAAGGGAAUGGGAGAGGCCGAGGCGACCGUCGUGGCAUGGCUGAAGGAGCGGUACCGCGAGUUCCUGGACACACUCCUGCAGAGCUUCUUGCGCUGCGACAACCCAGCGAAGCAGUCGGUGGCUCUGACGCUGCUCAUGCGCCUGGUGAAGGAAGAGUCCAAGGCGACCAAGGACUACAAUCUCAAAAACGGCCCUCUCUCGCGGCUCAUCGAGGCGCUGCUGCUCCUUCCAGCGCAUGACCCGAAUCGCGAAGAAUUUGCGGAAAAGUACUUCGUGCAGUUCGACGACGUGCGCUUUCACACUUUCAAGACCAUCAAGAACCUACUCGGCACCGACCUCAACGACUCCGAGAGGCAGCUCGCAGCCUCGAACAGCUUGUCACUGCUCUUGUCGCUCGACACCGUACCGCAAUCGAAAGACGAUAUCAAGCACUACCACACAGAGUCGCAGUCGAAGAGCUCACGGCCGACACUACAAGUGUACAAGGUUCAGGCACAAGAGGCGUGGCUGGCCACAAUGCGCGCCGGACUCGAUAAGGAGCAGCGCAAGGCUAUCCUGACUACCUUCUCGUACCAGAUUGCGCCGUGGUUCCAGCAACCGGAGAUGCUCAUGGACUUUCUGACCGACUCCUACGACGUCGGUGGUGCGACUUCGCUACUUGCUCUGUCUGGACUGUACUACCUCAUUUCGGAGAAGAACCUCGACUACCCUUCCUUCUACCUCAAGCUUUACUCUCUGCUGGACGAAGGCUUGCUGCAUUCAAAGCACCGAUCACGCUUCUUCAGACUGCUGGAUACGUUCAUGUCCUCGACGCAUCUGCCAGCUGCGCUCGUCGCCAGCUUUAUAAAGCGUCUCUCACGCUUAGCGCUGCAUGGCCCGCCUGCGGGUGUUGUUAUCGUCGUUCCUUGGGUUUACAACAUGUUCAAGCGUCACCCGGCCUGCACGUUCAUGAUGCAUCGUGAAGUUCGUGACCCGGCGCUGAAGGAGAAGCUCGAGAAGGAGGGCAUGGACGAUCCCUUUGACAUGAGCGAGCUGGAUCCGAUGGAAACGAACGCCAUCGAGAGCAGCGUCUGGGAGCUCGAAGCACUGCAAUCGCAUUACCACCCCAAUGUUGCAACCCUGGCGAAGAUCAUCUCUGAGCAGUUCACAAAACGCUCCUACAAUCUAGAAGACUUCCUGGACCAUUCAUACACAGCUCUCCUCGACACCGAAUUGGACAGAGACCUGAAGAAAGACCCAGAAGUCGAAUUUGAGAUACCCAAGCGCAUCUUCACCGCCGAAGAAGGCCUGAACCCAAUAGGCCAGCUGCUCCAACAAGUCAUAGAAGCAAGAUAG